AACCGCAUCGCCGCAUCACGACAAGCCACCAACGCUACACCCUCUGCUCCUUACUCACCCACUCUUCAGACGCCAACAUGGGACAGGAACAGUCGGCAGAGCCCUUCGACCAGUCGAUUCCCCCAACAAAGCUUCUGCGACGUGAUCUCCUCGCCGUCGCCGAGUACAUCAAGUCAGGCCAAUGCAAAAAAGUCGUGUUCAUGGUCGGUGCGGGAAUCUCCACUGCCGCGGGAAUCCCCGACUUCCGCAGUCCUGAAACCGGCCUCUACAGCAACCUCGCGCGCCUCGACCUCCCCCGUCCCGAGGCCGUCUUCGACAUCAGCUAUUUCCGCGAGGACCCACGGCCCUUCUACGCGCUCGCGCAGGAGCUAUGGCCCGGAAAAUUCAAGCCGACGCUGACACACGUAUUCAUGAGGAUGUUUGCGGACCGGGGACUACUCCUCCGCUGCUUCACGCAAAACAUUGACACACUCGAGCUCGCGGCGGGAAUCCCACAGGACAAGAUCGUCUUUUCGCACGGUAGUUUCGCGGGCCAGCAUUGUAUCGACUGUAAGGAGGAGUUCGAUCGCACCGAGCUGGAGGAGCACGUCAAGAUCGGCAAGCCGGCGUUCUGUGCGUGCGGCGGUCUGGUGAAACCGGAUAUCACCUUCUUUGGCGAGGCGCUGCCGGCGGAUUUCCACAAUAGCUUGCAUCUGCUCGACUCGGCGGAUCUGGCCAUCGUCAUGGGCAGCUCCCUGUCUGUCUAUCCGUUUGCGUCGCUGCCCCAGAGGAUCGACGAGACUGUGCCGAGAGUGCUGAUGAACAUGGAGAAAGUGGGAGAGAUUGGAACUCGGCGCGACGAUGUGGUCUGGUUGGGCGAGUGCGAUGAUGGUAUCAGGGAGUUGGCUGAGGAAUUGGGCUGGUGGGAGGAGAUGGAGGAGGUCUGGAAGGGGCUGAGGGGGGAUGUCGGCUUGGAGACGCCGGUGGCUCUCUCGGAGGACACUCUCGAAGCCGAAGUUACCAAGCUUACCGACGACGUGGAGAAGAGCCUGAGGGUCGCGGAUGAGCACACAAAAUGGGUCGUCAAGGGCCUCGACAAGGAGAAGACACCGAGUGCCGCCGCCGUUGACGUUACCCAAGUCGAGACGCACGCUUUCCCAAAAGCGGAGCCGGAGAAGGAAUGAGCUCUGUUCUCCCGCCAUACGAGCCGGAUCAACAGAUGGAGAGAGAUGCCCACCGAGGAGAAAACCCAUGUAUGUAGAUCGCAUUCGAAUGGAUAGAGAUACAGGGGCGUAUAUGGCCGGGGCAUGUGCGAUCGCAUCACCCGAUGAUUUUUUCUUGUUUUGUUUAAUUAGCUAGGCGUGCUGAUGCCUGUGUGUACAUUUUCUUCGCAUUUGUUGUCGGUUACUCCUUGCGAGGAGUGGAUUCUUGUACUUGUCAAGGAGUUGGAUUAUGAGCCAUGAAUAAAGGACUGUUUAUCCUGUG